AUGUCAGGCGCAUCGGCGGCCGAUGUACGAAGCAUCCUAUCUUUGCCUCCUGCCGGAAGUCCUUCGACCCAAAGUCAACAACCUUUGAAGAAAUCUGCUUCAACCGGCAAGCCGAAUGGCAUUUCUCGAGAACUAUUUGCCUUGAUUGGUCCGUCUAUGGCAUCUCUGCCAGAGAGUUCGAAGCCGCGAUUGAAGCAGAAACCCAAUCUCAGCGGGACCCAGAAGGUCAGAUGGGAGCGUCGUUCUUUCAAGAACCCUGCUCGUAAAGACUCACUGGAACUUAACCACUGGGUCAAGGCCACCGAUGACCCCAACGAGGAAUAUUUUUGGGCUAAAUACAAUGCACAAUCAAAUAUCUACACAUACUCACAAGAUGAGUACACCCGUCUCCUUGAGGACAGUGAAUGGUCGAAAGAAGAGACCGACUAUCUAUUCGAUGUCGUGAGGGAAUAUGACCUACGAUGGUUUAUCAUACAUGACCGUUAUAACUUCCCGGGCGGCCCUGAACGUUCCAUGGAAGAUCUCAAGGAUAGAUACUUCAGCGUUUGUCGAAAGCUCGUCCGGAGUCGGCCAUGGCCUGGUGAUGAGACAAGUAGAACCAACUUACUAUCUAGCUUCCAGUUUGACAAAGAACGUGAGACGACACGCAAGAAGUAUCUAGCCAGCCUAGCAUCACGCACUCCAGCCCAGAUUGCGGAGGAGGAAGCUCUCUUCAUCGAGAUCAAGCGCCUUGAGCAAACGGAGAGGCGGUUCAAGCGGGAUCGAGAUGAACUUUUGCGCACGUUGGCAGGCAUUGAAAGUGGCUUGGACGGCCUUCCCAUAGACGACGAAGGCCCCAUGGGCUCGGGCGAUACCAAGCAGAAGAAAAGGAGGCACGGAAGCGAAUGGGAAAGCGCAUCUGCUGGGCCGUCGAACAUCAUAUCAUUGGGUACGCCCGUACCGAAGAAAGGACAACAAUCAGCGAAAGCAUCUGUCCCCUCACCCGAGGAAGACAUUCUCCAUUGCAUUCAUCGAAACUCCGCCCCGGCGCCAAGCAAUCUACCUGUUACAAAGAAUGCACACACGCCAGUGUACUUGAGAUCAUUCAAGAUCCCUGUUCCAAAGCCCGCCGGCCUUGCACCGAAAAUCACAGCUGCUCUUGCUGAGCUCGGUAUAAACCAUACUCGUCUGGUCAUGCCGACUAAAGACAAUUGCGAGAAACUCGAAAGUCUCCUGGACGCCGCGGCAGCCCUUGUCGACCUCAAGCGUGCCGUCGACCGCGUUGACCAAGAAAUCCGGACGGCACGGAUGAGACUCGAGAGCAAGAGCAGCAGCGCGUCGGUGGCAGGAGAUGCUGCGGAGACCCCCAUGGACGUCGACCAAGACGAGACAGGUACUGAGAGGGACGCUGAUGGGGAGAAGGAGGAAGAUAGCGUUCGAGCGCAGAGCGUUGUGAGCGUCCGAAGCGGGCGGGCUAGGAAGGCGUCGUCCCGACGAUCCAUGUCAAUCUCGUCUGUUGAUACCGCGGCGCCCGUGGCCACACGGGCUACCAAGAGACUUAAGAAGUAAGGGACCAAGACUAUAUUCUUAUGAAUCUGCGCUGGCUGGCCACAAUAUGCGAGGAGAGUACAGCAAAUGAAUUAAAUGAAUUAAGAGACGACGUAAGAUACUUUAUGUAGGAAUUGCAUAGGGUACUGCUUCAUGUCGUCUUCCUCUCCGUUCAGGUAGAAAGCAUAGCAUGCAGCGAGUCGUAGAUCGACUUCCUUUAUUCCAACCCAUCCUCUUCCCGCCCGAAAAUCUGCAGCCUCGGGUUCUUCUGGAGCCCCUCGCCAUGUAUAUGGGCGUCUCUAGUUCCGAAGGCUGGCGUGUAAGGCAGACCAUCAUGGAUGCCUCACACUCAAUCUG